AUUUUCCCGCUAUCAGCGUUCUAGAGAAGAUCCAAGAUAACGUCCACUUGAUUCGCUACAACGACUAGAAAAUAAAAUAAAAUAUGCCAACUGGUCCAAGUAGUAGGGUAUUAAGGGAUAUCUACAGAAGAGAGACCGUCGCUAGGAAAGAGGUACAGAGGAGAGCCUAUCUAUACGUCGCUAGAAACACAGAGUUACCUUUCCAAGUACGCCACCAAGCGCAGCUCUCUUUGAACGCCAUGGAAUCAGCUUCCAGGCCAACGAUGAUACGCAACAGAUGCAAAGUUACUGGUAGAGGCGCUGGUCUCCAGCAAGGAUUAACCAGAUUCCAAUUUAGAUUACAAGCACUGAGGGAUGAAUUAGAAGGUGUACAUAAAGCCAGUUGGUAGUCAUAAAAUAGUCAUAAAUUCCUUUUGAAUACAAUUAUACAAUUAUUCACUUCUUAUCUGAGUGUCCAAGCGACAUUCCAGGGGCUAUGCUGUCCCUAACGAUCUGUUUCAGCUCCUUAGCUUCUGGGAAUCCACCCUUGAUCUUCCUAUCCCAGAGUAGCUUUGGUGGGUUGUUGUCGCUAUCAAACAACCAAACUCUGAAUCUACCAGCCGUAGAUUCUAAAUUACGUGGGACGAGACUGACGGAUUGUACUGUUGGUGGUGGGAACGUCAACAAUAACUCAGUCGUCAACCACUGUGCUCGAGGCUGCCAUCUACACCUAUCGCAGUACUCUAUCUUGAUGAUAGGGUAUUCACCAACAGGCGCUUGAAAUGUCUCUGGGUUGAGUGCGUCCAAUUCAGCUGGCUGGAAUGUGUUCACAGGAUCAUUUCCAUCUAUUCUUAUUCCUGGUGUCUGCAUUUUUUUAUCUUGAUUGUUU